AUGGACAUAGGACCCCCAGACGUGCUGGAGCGCAAGGGGGCUUUGACUCUGCGCUCGCAUUGCGUGCAAUAUGGGAGACCCACCCUAAUGUACCGCUGGCACCAAAACAGAGAGGCUGAACCUAAAGAUUAUGAUAUAAAUGAAGUUCCUUUGGGUUCAAAGAAUUUAUGUCAAUCUACUUACUCGAGAUUCGGAACUGUGGAUGGGUAUUUGUCCUUUUAUGCUAUUUUCCAGACAUGGAUCACCACAUACCAGGAUCAUUUGUCUCAACCGUAUACAAAUAAAGGAUAUAGGGAAAUAGAGAUUCGUAAGUCCAUGCUGAAUGAAGAUAAUUUUGAAGAUGGUGUUAUUGACAGGGAGACUGGGAUGCCCAAAACAGGAGUUGGAGCUGUAUUGCCAAGACACCCUUCAGAUCACUUUCAAAUGUAUCUGGAUACAACAUACCGUAUAGACUAUGUUCCUCCAUAUGAUUAUACGCCAUAUGUUGGAGCCCAACCAGAUGGUUAUUCUGUAGUUCAUAGAAAAUGUCACUCUCAGUUUACUGACACAGCAGAUUACAGAAGACAUGGUAUCAACACAUGGCAAGAUGAGAGUGGGAUAUAUGCUAAUAUGGAUAUAAAGCAACAGGUCUUCCCAGUAACUAAUCCUAUACCGUCAAACGUGCAUGAAGAUCAUUUCUAA